CGGCCAUGAAAAGGAAAAAGAAGAAGAAAACGAGAAGGGAGGAAGAGGAAGAUGAUGGCGCAUGCUUUGUUCUGUUAAAUGUUCGAGUGUUUCUGUAAAAAACAACAUGUCUUCAGUCCAGCUUAAACGUGUAGUUAAUCCUGCUGACGAAACUUUCACAGAGUUUAAAGGAAUCAUCGUCAAGUCGGAGGAAGAGAUGGAUGAUCAGCGCAGACUGCUGGAUUUCUCCCGGACUCCCCGGAUUAUUUUACACCGAAUAGAUUGCCUGCAACAUAACAUUUAUGAGGAGGAGAUAUGUAACCAGGAAAGGAGCUUCAAUCCGGACCAGGAGGAGUUAGAACCUCUCCAGGUGAAACAAGAACAGGAAGAACCAGAAGAUCAUCAGAUAAAAGAAGAGCAGGAGGAUCUAAAACACCAGCAGAUAAAAGUGGAAGAGGAAGAAGUUUACUGCAGUCAGGGUGAAGAACAUAUUGAGUUAAAACAGGAGACUGAUACCUUCAUGUUGGUUCCUGUUUAUGAACAAACAUACCAAACUGAAUCAGAACCAAACAGGAACCAAGUCAUCUUCCAGGAAGCUGCUGAAGCUGAGAACCAGAAUCAGGAAGGAAGGAAACUUUUCUCCU